AUGUCCCUACCUCCCUUCGACCAUGAUGCCCACACUAAGUUCACCGAAACACCUAAUACUUUGUGGACGUUCGGUCAGAAGAUCGAAAGUACGGAAUCUGGGCGGAAAUGGUUGGAAGGAGAAGAACAAGGGUGGAAGGUGAUCAAUACGGACGAAGAUACCUCGCGACUGUACCCACUUAUGAUCAGUGCGAUAGUACCUCGGCCCAUAGCAUUUGUCUCUUCCAUCUCUGAGAGCGGAGUGGAGAACCUCGCGACUUUCAGUUGGUUCAACAUGGUAACCCAUAACCCGCCGCUCGUUUCGUUCUCAUGCAGUAAUACUCCGCGCGUCAAAGACACGCCGACAAAUGUGAGGAAUGGUCUCGGCUUUACCAUCAACAUCAUCAGCGAGCCAUUCGCCGAGAACGCAAACGCAACGUCCAUCGACGCUCCGCCUGAUUUCGACGAAUGGACUAUUAGCGGGCUGACAAAGGUGCCAAGCAUUCAUGUCAAGGCCCCUCGUGUCAAGGAGAGUGCGUUCAGCAUGGAAUGCGAGUUCUUCCAAGCGAUCGAUGUCACUCAUCCCAUCAGCGGAGAAAUCACUACAACACUGAUCCUCGCACGUGUGAAGUAUAUCCACGUUCGCAAGGAUGUCCUCAAUGAACGCGGGGUUGUCGAUAUCACCAAGUAUAAGCCGAUUGCGCGUUUAGGGGAUAUCUCGUACGCCAGAAUCGGUGAUGCCUUCAGGUUACCAAGACCGGUGUGGGAACAAGAGAAAGGGAAGAUCGAACAAGCUUUAGAGAACAAUGAGCAGUCGUAG